AGUUGUUUGCAACUGAGCACGCCCAUGUGCGGAUGCUGAGUGUCCUCCAGAUGAUCUUCUACAGGCCUUUGGCGAGAGAGGAGCUCCUGACCUACACCGAUCUCUCCGCCAUCUUCCCCAAUCUGGAUGAGAUCAUUGAAAUGCACUAUAACUUCCUGGAGAGCCUGACCAAACUGCGAUGUCAGGAAGAUCACUUCAUAGUGAAACACAUCAGCACCACAGUGCUCAACAGAUUCGGAGGUACGGAGGGGGAAUGGUUCCAGAAAUUGACAGCCCGCUUCUGCAGUCACCAGUCGUGGGCCUUGGACCAGAUCAAGAGCAGACAGAAGAAAGAGCCACGCUUCAACUCCUUCAUACUGGAGGCAGAGAGUAAGCCCCAGUGCCGCAGGCUGCAGCUGAAGGACAUCAUUCCCAUAGAGAUGCAGAGACUGACCAAAUACCCGCUGCUGCUGGAGAAUAUUGCCAAGAACACAGAGGACCUGACAGAGAAGGAGAGGAUCCAGCAGAGCGCAGAGUGCUGCAGAAAGAUCCUCAACCAUGUCAACGACGAGGUCAAAGAGAUGGAGAACCUAUUGAAUUUGAAGGACUACCAGCGCAGACUGGACACAUCGGGGCUCAAACCCAGUAAUGAGCUGUACACAGAAUAUAAGAACAUCGACCUGACUCAGAAGAAGAUGCUUUAUGAAGGCCUGGUGACCUGGAAAGUCACAAAGGAGAAGGCAAUUG